AUGUCACAAUUUGACACAUAUCUCGAAAGUUACUCCAAUGACCAAUUUAAGGAGGGCAGUUCGCGCCAUGGUGGCCGAAACCAAAACUCAAUCCCUGAUAUUAAACGAGAAAACUUUGACGACUUUUUGAGCGGGUCGGCUGAUAUAAAGCGUCAAUUAUCCCAAUCAUUCAGUGGUGGCGGAGGUAGUAGUGGUGUUGGUGGCUCAAGUGGACUGGGCGGCAAUGCUGCUCAUCAUGGCGGAAUCAGUAAACCUCAUUCGAGACGUAAUUCAGCAUACAUUAAAUCACAAGAAGGAAGCGAUGCUGAGGACAACAAUGACAACGAUGACGAAAACAGCCAAGGUAAUGAAAGGAAAAGAAGAGAUAAUAUUAACGACAAAAUUCAAGAAUUAUUAACAUUGAUCCCAAGCGAGUUUUUCGAGGUUAAAGAUGAACUGAAGGUAAAAAAGGAAAACAGCCCUUCGGAAAGAUCUCCCAACGAUGAUGAUGUGAAUAAUACUGUGGGUAAGACGGGAACAAAAGAUGGUAAGCCAAACAAAGGACAAAUAUUGACCAAAACAGUUGAGUACCUCCAGUCUCUACAGAACUUGAUUGACGAAAACAAUAGAAAAGAGGUUGAGUUGAUUAUGAAAUUGGAGACGCUCAAGUUGAAACAAAAGAACAAUGGAAUUAUCAAUGACAGCAUACCCAUAAGGAUCGGUUACACGAGUGCCGAACGAACAUUGGGGGAGAUUGGUGUCGGCCCAUGUUCGGAAGAAUACUUUAAGGAUGUUUUGGUAAAAAGUGCAAACGCCAGUAAAUCAUCAAGAAAGAACAACAAUGGGUAG